AUGCUCCUUCCAGUUCCGUGGUCUUUGUCGGAGGAUGGAAGGUUGUACCUGAACACGGACGGUGCUCCCUCACGUUCAACCAAUCAUGGCUCAGCAAAAGUUCUCAUACAGAACUCCAAUGGUGAUUGCUUAGUUGCUUUUCGCAUGUUCCUAGGCCAUACUACGGUACUAGAAGUUCAGCUUUGGGGCAUCCUUGAAGUUCUCCGAAUUGUAUGGCAAAAUUGUUUUGAAAGGAUUGUUGUUCAAACCGAUAGUAGCGAGGCUCUUCAAUUACUCUCUCUCCCGUCCAUAGAAAAUACUUUUGCAUUGGUGAGAUCCAUAGCAACCCUCUACAACAAAUCUUGGUGCAUUGAUUUCAAGAAGAUCUAUCGUGAAGCAAAUGUUGCUACGGGCUACAUCGCCAAGAUGACCGCUCUCCCGGAUGGUUCUCUUAUUAUUUUUUAUUCAUUUUCUGCCCCAUUACUAGAUAUCCUUCGUAGAGACACUUAUGGUCCGCCUUACUCUCAUGUGAGAAACUAA